AUGAUAGGAACGCAAGAAAAAACCACAUUAGAAUAUCCACGUUUAGGUGAUUUAUUAGCAAAUGUUGGAUCUAUUGUAUCAAUAUUAUUUAUGAUCAAAUACUUCAUUAUUUUGUUAAAUCAAUAUUUUUUAGAUCAAAAGAUAUUAAAUGAGCUAAUAAAUUUUUAUUACCCAGAAUUUAAAAAGAUAAGAAUUCAAAAGAAUUGGAGAGGGAACAUAGUCAACGCUAGUUUAAAUAACAUAAAAAUAGAUACUAAAAAUUAUAGGAAAUUUUAUGAGAAAGUUUCAAAUUAGAUGAGGUAAAAGUCCAGUUAUUUGAAUUUAUUGUAUGAGAUAUCUAGGUUAUAUUUUGUUAUGAGAUCGUCGAAAUUUAGAAAUGAAUUUUAGAAAUCUCAUUAAAUAGGAAUAAAAAUCAACCUUUUUUAGUAAAAAGAAAGUGACAUUGUAUUUACUCCGAAAUCAGAAAAAUCUUUCGAAAAUAAUUAUAUCUUAAAUGAGGAUGAUGCAGAAAUAUUAUCUUACUACAGAAGUUAAGCUGACAAAAAAUAUGAUCUAAUUCCAGAAGAGAUGUAUGAUGAAGUAGAUUAUUACUCUAUGAAUAAGAUUUCAUGA